GGAACUAGGGAAACCACUCUCCUCGUUGGGUAUAUACGAGUAUGCCUGAACCUAUCUGGCGUCUGCACACAUCCACCGCCACCACUACAGCACAAUGGCCGCCAAGGCGCUCCUCCUCCUCGCUCUCGUAGCUGCCGCUGCCGCCGAAGGAAGGUCUCGUGAGCGCUCCUAUGGGUCCUACGACUCCUACGAAUCUGAGGAGCCCAAGUACGACUUCAACUAUCAGGUGAAGGACUAUUACGGCAACGACUACGGCCACCGAGAAAGCCGUGACGGCGACUACACCGAGGGAUUCUACUACAACCACCUGCCCGACGGCCGCCUGCAGAAGGUCAAGUACGUAGUUGACGGCUACUCUGGCUUCGUGGCCGACGUCAGCUACGAGGGCGAGGCUCACUACGACUCUGGCUCCUACGAGUCCCGUGGCUCUGGCUCCAGCGAGUAUUACAGACCCAGGUACUACAGGGGCUCCGACGAGUCCAAGUAAACGUUCGUUAAGUCCAAAGUUCCACCUCAUCUUCAUCGUCACCGUCGCCACGGCGCCAAACUCAUUCCGCCUCGGGUCAUCACGGCGCUGGGACUCCUUCCGCCGCCUUCGCUUUCACCCUCAUCCAUUAUAGUUAUUUACAAUAAAUAUUGCAAAUGAA